AAAAAAGAUAAAAUUCAAUGUUGCAACUCCCAAGGUUCACAAGUCAUAGUGAGAUGAGAUCCCCUUCUAUAUUUUAUUCUUUCGCAAUCUUCUCAUAUGAUUGAUUCCUCUCCAUUCCUUUAAGGCAUAAGCCACUUACUAAAUAUUAAUUAAUUAAUUAAAAUUAAUUCACCAAUAAUACGCCUUAUUUCUCUCAUCUUUUUUCCUUUCUUUCUCCCCUUUUUUUUCCUCGCCCACUUUUUUGGCGUUCCAUGUCUUAUUAAUCAAUUUCCAUUUCCAUUUCUACUUCCAUUUUUAGCUUCAUUUGCUCGUUUUCGUCUUCUCACUACCUUUUCCGGUGUUUCGUGUAAAUACAGCUUGAAUACAUACACUAACCAAGAGAAAUUAGAUAGAGAAAAGAGGAUCGAAUUACAAGUAUGAAUUUCUGUGGGAUUCCGCACAACGGUGUCGCAUCUUGUGAAGAGAUGAGGAGUUUCGUUUCUAUAGUUGAAAGUGACCGUACUGAUUUGGUUGUGUUUCCUAAACCUCGCCGUGUUUGUGUUCUUAACUCCACCAUCAACGACCCUUCCAGAUCUCUCCGCCGCUAUAUAGAACAUCAUUCUGAGAUUCCUGAUUCCAGAGCGGGGUCUGAACUGUUGGACAUCAUCUUGAGUAAGGGUAUUCAUGGUGCUUAUAAGCCUAGUACUCAAGUAGCUUCAUCACCCCCGUUUUUCAGCGGGUCACCUCCGAAUAGAGUUUCUAACCCAUUAAUUCAAGACGCGAGAUUCAGGGAAAAACAACUGAUUUCUCAAUUCUCACCACUGCCAUCAACGCCGAUUCAGGCUGCUGUUUCAGGGUCUGGAUCUUCACCAAACUCUUCCACAAGGAAGGGUGGAUGUGUUAGGGCGAAUUUUGGGAGCAAUCCGGCAGUUAGAGUUGAGGGGUUUGAUUGCCUUGACAGGGACCGCAGGAACUGCAGCAUCCCCACCUUGGCUUAGAAUUCAUCAUCUUACACAUAAGAGUACAUAUAGUGAUCAAAACAGAAGCCUUAAGGCUGUAUUACAUUUCUUAGAAAGUGAAGAAAUGGCAUGAGAAGAUUUUGGCAAUUUCUCAGAGAUGAAGAGUUAUGAUUUUGCAGUGUAAAUAUGCAGUUUAAAGAAGCGAGGUUCUUUUUUGCGGGUAACAAUCCCAUGUAAGUAGUCUCACUAAAUAAAAAUUAAAAGGUCGGAAACUUGUAUCUGUUAGGUUUUUCUUAGUGAAAAGUUAGUUGUUUUUGAGUCGAUGAUGCUCAUAGGAGGGAAGGGAAAAUGUCUACUCGUAUUAUUGCUGGUUUGUUUUGAACUUUUGAGUUGUAUAGAAGCUGCAUUCUUAUUCGAGUCUUCGUAGGAUUAUUACUAUACUUGUUCACACUUUCCAACAUAUUUGGAAUUGGGGCUAGCGUUAUAUAUGUAGGAUAUGGAUAUCCGUCUAA